AUACGCCUAUACCUUUGUGCGGAGGAUAGCAUUGUCGGGAAGGGUCGAUCACUCUUUCUUCUUUCCCUUGCCUCUCUCCGACCUAGGGCACGCCGAGAGCGCUCUCCCGCCUCUCCUACCUCUCGGCUCGAUCUCGGACGGUGGCAGGUCGGCGAGGCUUCUGGAGCUCGGGAUCGACCACUCUUCUGAUCGGCCGCUGAUUGAGGAACCUUUUGUUGCAAUCAUCUCGCCAAUUGCUAAAGCUUUUGCAAAGAUCUUUGUUUAGAGUCAAUAUCUUGCCUUGUCAAAUAUAUAUAUGGGCUGAUUCUGACAUUUCAUGGGAGGAGUUGAAGACGAUGAACCACCCUCAAAACGUAUGAAAACAUCCUCAGAAGAUUUGGGGAGUCUCCGUGAUAAGUCAUUUCUUUCAGAGCGCAUCAGUCCUUUGGGAGGCUCAAUGGCUAGGCCUUUACCACCCCAAGGGAAAGAUUAUGUGGUUGGUUCUAAAGGACUAAUUAAAAGGGUGGAAUUUGUGAGGAUCAUUACAAAGGCUCUUUAUUCUCUUGGUUAUGAGAGUAGUGGAGCAGCUUUGGAGGAAGAGUCAGGGAUAUACUUGCAUUCUUCUGGAGUGAAUCUUUUCAGGAAGCAAGUUCUUGAUGGAAAUUGGGAUGAAAGUGUGGUUACGUUGCAUAAAAUAGGACUUGGUGAUGAAAGUAUCAUAAAAUCUGUAUCUUUUUUGAUAUUAAAGCAGAAAUUCUUUGAACUCAUGGAAAAUGAUAGAGUCGUUGAUGCAUUAAAGACAUUGAGAAGUGAGAUAACUCCUCUUGGCAUUGACAAAAAACAAGUGCACGAGCUUUCUUGUUGUAUUGUCUCUCCUCAGCAGCGAAUGUUACAUGGGCUUGCCAAUCUGGGAAUUGAGACUUCAAACUCACGAAUGAAGCUUCUGGAGGACUUGCAAAAAUUGCUUCCUCCCACGAUUAUGAUACCUGAGAGAAGAUUAGAGCAUUUGGUUGAACAGGCUCUCAGUGUGCAACGGGAAUCUUGUUAUUUCCACAACUCUUUGGAUAAUUCGCUGUCAUUGUACGCCGAUCAUCAAUGUGGGAAAGACCAGAUUCCUUCUCAUACAGUGCAGGUAUUGCAAGCACACAAUGAUGAAGUAUGGUUUUUGCAGUUCUCAAAUAAUGGGAAAUAUUUAGCAUCAUCAUCGAGUGAUAGAUCUGCAAUUAUAUGGGAGGUCCAAGAAGAUGGGGAACUGUCAUUGAAGCACAUGCUAACUGGUCAUCGGACACCUGUGCUGAUGGUCGCGUGGAGCCCUGAUGACCGCCAGCUACUCACAUGUGGAAUGGAAGAAACUGUAAGGCGUUGGAAUGUUCGUACUGGAGAUUGCCUCCAUGUCUAUGCAAAAAGUGGUCUUGGCCUGAUCUCUUGUGGCUGGUUCCCUGAUGGAAGACAAAUUUUUUCUUGUGUGGAAGAUAAGAGCACUUGCUUGUGGGAUUUGGAUGGGAAAGAACUAGAAUCUUGGAAAGGGCAGCGAAAUACUAGGAGCUCUGAGAUGGCAGUCACGAAAGAUGGCAGGUGGAUAAUAAGCAUAUGCAGGGAAACUGCAAUUCUGUUGCUUGACAGGGAAGCAAAGCUGGAGAAGCUGAUUGAAGAGGACCAGACAGUUACUUCGUUUUCACUAUCAGGAGACGACAAGUUUUUGCUCAUAAAUCUACUGAACCAGGAGAUUCACUUGUGGAGCGUAACGGAUGAUCCGAUACUUGUCACCAGAUACACAGGUCACAAGCGCAGCCGGUUUCUAAUAAGGUCUUGUUUUGGGGGUUAUGAAGAGGCUUUCAUUGCUAGUGGAAGUGAAGAUUCCCAGGUGUAUAUUUGGCAUCGGGGAACUGGAGAUCUCAUCGAGGCACUACCAGGACACUCCGGUGCUGUCAACUGUGUCAGCUGGAACCCAGCAAACCCUCACAUGCUUGCAUCAGCCAGUGAUGACCAUACAAUCCGCAUCUGGGGACUAAAAAAGGCUACCUUGAAACGCAAAGAAGCUUACAGCAAUGGAGUCAUCCACCACUGCAAUGGAAAUUGUCAAUGAUGUGAGACCAUUCAAGUGGUCAGGUUCUUAAAUUCCUUAAUCAGUCCAUUGACAGUAUAAACCCCUUGCUCUCCAUUUUGUGGGCACUCAUACAAAAGAAGCCUGUAAACGUGAACAGCUGCUACCAGCCCAUAAACCAUCUAAUACGAUUAUUUAUUUCUUCCAUUCAUUUCUUAAUUGAAGCAGAAUAGAAAUUUAAGUUAUUUUA